GCCGACAUGCCGCCUCCCCGACGCUCGUCCCUCAUGUCUUACACGCCGUCCUCCAGGCGGAACAGUUCCAACAAAAGUGGUUCACAGAAUUCCCGAAGCCACCUUCAUAGAUGGAUCCCGAAUUUGUUAGUUCACAGUGUUGGGUUUGAUGAAGCAGAAUGUCAUCUAUCAGGGCCUCCUUUGGAGCUCAUGGACCGCAUCUCUGGGUAUGAAGAUGUAUCUUUUGACUCUACUUGUGUUCCACCCCCGGCUGAAAGCAGGUGUUGUAUUGACGAAGGCCAGGAGAGUAACACCCCAGUGGUAGACAGACCGUCGCUGACGGAGCAGGAAGCCAGAGAAGCCCUCCUCACACACAUCGGCAAACACUCCUGUUAUGGCAGAGACACUGCCAACAGUCACCUCAUAACUAGCUUGGAGGCCUCAUCUGCCUUUCAUUACCAGUUGGAGACGUUCACAGAGCGCAGGGAGAACUCGUGGGCACACACAGCGUUCUCUACGAUGACAGAAAUCGACGGGCCUGAUAACGGACCUGCGCCACUGCCAUGGGACAUUGCCGUCUCGCCUCGAGGCAUGUUCGAGGCGGAAGUCAAGACAUUGUGGGUCCCUCACACGUCGUCUGUCAAACAUUGCUUCCGCUGCAACAGCCAGGGCUCUGUGGCAUGUCAGGAGUGUCAUAGUAAAGGAUGGGUAAGGUGCUUACACUGCAAUGGGGAUGGGUUCACGUCAGAGUUUGACUACAAGGAAAGGUGUGUGUUCUGCCGAUCAUCCACCCACGGGUUCGGCCGUCUCGACUGUCUCAGAUGCAAAGCCUCUGGCAGGAUCUUAUGUCAGCCGUGUGAAGGCACCGGCCUCAUGAUAUACUACAUUCUCCUCACCAUCACAUGAGACAAACAGUUCGAGCUGUCCCAAUCACUCAUGUAAGAUACAAGUGGAAAGGCCAUGAGGGUCAAUACUUUGUGUUUGGGGAGGAGAACAGAGUUCAUGCCCCAGACUACCCUCAGACUUGCUGUUGGGGCUGCAUAUGCACCAUACUUUAACACCAUCAGAGACUUACAUAAAUAAAUGACAAUUUAAUUUGCUUCGAUGUAAAAUAGUAUCAUAACACAACAGAAUUAUUUUGACAAAUUGUAGCUUGUAUUGUAAAAUACUAGUAUCAAUAGAAUAUGUAUUGAUUAUUACAUUUAUUUAAAUAAAAACAUUGUUGAGGUUGUACAAAAUCAUUUUGAAA